CGCCGAAUCUCUCCACCUAAUUAAGCACUUCACCACGACCACCUUCACCAUCCUGCUUGCCCGUCGACUGCUUUGGUUUACGACCGCCGGAGACUUGCUUGCCUCCUAUCGCCGACGCUUUCGCCAUACCAGUUUAUUAUAUCGAUUGCCACGCUUCCAUUACUUUUACCCCAACGCGUCGCCGCACGGCACGCCCGCCCAUCAUGGUCUCACGGAAACGCGACCGGGACGAGAUGGAGGCUGAGGGUCCUGUAGAGGAGCCCUCGAUGCUGCAGAAGCUGCGCAAUAUGUGGCAGUUUGCCAAUCUUGCUCAGUAUCUGAAUUUGUUCAUUGAGGCUUUGCGAAUCGACAGCGACUUCGACAUCGAGGACCUCGAAAACGAAUGCCUCAAACCCGAGCCUUCACGCAAACUUGCUGAGAUUGGUCUUGCGCUUCUCAAGCAUGUCUCAUCGCAUAAGGGACUGACGCUCGAGAUAUUCGAUGAAUACGCGAGACGCCAAUACGUUGCCAAAGCAUCGCAGCGCAAUCCCUUUGGCACCGAAGAGACGCCCAACAAGUUCGACGACUUCGACGUCUUCACCAAGAUCAAGGUGUUACAGCAACUCUCCGUGUGGACGCUGAACAAUCCGAAUUCGAUAAGGGAAAAGCUCAAUGCAACGGAACGUGAGCAGGUGAAUUGGCGCAUUGAACCAAUAGGGUGGGAUCGCGAGGGUCGCACUAUCUACGUGCUGGACGACAACCGCCUAUAUCGGAAGACAGAUCCACCGCCGCCUCCACCGCCGUCCAAAGCGAAAUCGAAGAAGAAGUCCAAGAAAACCCGAGGCACGCGUUCUAGCAAGCGGAGGAAGACGACCACACCGGAACCAGAAGAUGCAGUCGAUUGUGAAGAGGAGGCUGAAGGAGACGGGCCCAAGGAGCCGGAAGACGACGGCUUGGGCGGGAGCAAGUGGGAAUGCCUCUGUGUUACGCUAGAAGAUUAUGAAGCAUACAUGAAUUCGAUCCGGAAGAGUAGGGAUGAAGAUGAGCAAGACUUGUAUAAGAACCUCGAAAGCGAAGUCCUUCCCAUCAUCCAUCAGCAGGCAGAGGAGCGUGCCAAGAAAGAAGCGCGGAGGCUGAAAGAGCAGGAAGUCCUCUUGAAGCUUGCGACGGCCAAGCGCUCUAGCAGAAUAUCUUCGAGGCUCGAAAAGCAAAAGGAAGCCGAGGCGGCGGCAGAAGCGGAGCGGCAACGGCAGGCUGAUCUGGCAAUGGCCCGAGCGGAACAGGAGAAACAGCGGAUGCUUGAACAGGAGCGUGACUCCAGGAGGAUGACGCGAGAGCAACGGCUGCGAGAGCGUGAAGCCAAGCGCAUCCUUGAAGAGGAGCAUCUGAGGAAGCUGAAGGAGGAGGAAGAGAAGCUUGCAAAUGGAGCCGAAGGCCGCAUUUCCGAACGCCACCUCAAGGCAGAGAUGAAACGCCGAGAGGAUGAACUCCGGAAGCUAAAGGAGGAAGAGGAGAAGUGGAUGUUUGACUGCGAGAUCUGUGGGGUGCAUGGGAUCUGCUAUGACGAUGGUAGUCAUAGCAUAGCAUGCGAGCGCUGCAAUGAGUGGCAGCACAGUAAGUGCCACAACAUUUCACCAGAGGAGGCAGACCGAGAAGACUUCCACUUCAUCUGCAAACACUGCAGGCGCAAGGAAGAAGAAGCAAAUCAGCCAAAACUACCGCCCUUGAAAUUCAAGAUUUACAGACCCUCGAAUGAAGCACCACAGUCGAACGGAGCAUCGACAGGCACCGCGUAUCAGCAAUUGAGUGCUGUCGAGAUCCCUGCCCUUAGGCCGACCACGGCAGUGGGCAGUGGCCAGCCACCACAUCAUGCAGCGUCCUUGCUUGAUGGACCGACUCUUUCCCCACGCGGUCAAGAGAGCGGUCCACCACCAGGUAUCCAGCGGGCUGAGCCUGUCUCGUACACCGCCAGCCCUCACACAAACGGGAGCUCUCCGGUACGGCAACGUACCUAUGCCCCUAACCAAGAGGGAUUCCGCAAUGGUCUUCCAACAUCCUCACCGCCGCCAUUCCACGGCUCACAACUCUCCACCGUACCCUACUCCAGCUUCAACUCCACCGUGAGCGAGCUCAAUGGCGCCCCAUCCGCACCUCCGCACCUACCCAACGGCAACAACAACACCUUCAGUCGACCUACCUCCUCCGCCGGCCCCGGCCAUGGGCCCAACCCCUUUUCAUCGCCGGUCAAACACUCCCCGGCGCCCUCCCCAAAACCGACCAACACCCUUCCCAACCUCGGCAUGUCCCCAUACUCGUCCUUCCCGCCCAACCCAACUCAAGCCCCAUCAUUCUCGCCCACCAAACACAGCUCGCCACCUCCACCACGACCGUACCUCUCCUCCCCAGCCCCGAUUCACGCAUCCCUUCACCAAUCUCAUCAACCAUCUCCAUCAACGCAAAACGUCCUUCCCGCGCCGAUUCCGGCACCAGAAAAACACGAUCGCCCGGCUUCGAGUCAUGGCUAUGGAGGGUCUGGAUUCGGAUAUCAGAAUGCGCAACAUCCGAAUGUGAUUGUGAGUACGAGCGUCAUGCCGCCCGCGCAGGCACUGAGUCCGGAUCAUAAGCCGAUAAAUUUGAGUCCGCCGGUAAAGAAGAUGAGUCCCGUGGGGACGCCUGAGAGGGGUUCGGGGGUUGGGAAUGCGAUUGGGGGGGAUGUUGGUGGAGGGGUGAGUCAGUAGUAUUGUGUUCAGAAAGAGGAGGUGGAAAUAUUUAUCGGUUUGGAUGAUAAUAGCCUGGAUUCCGCGGUGAUGGUCGUUUGUCUACUCCCUGGGACAGGACAGCCCGCCGGAGUUCCUGCAGCAUUUGGAGAAACAAGGGAGACAAAUGCGGGCAUUGGGUACGGGACAAUGUGAUGGGAUCUGGAUCUAGCGUCUGCAUGGCAUUUGCAUAUAGAUGGUGCGAGGGUUGAUUUUCAUCUUCUACACCUAGGUGGGGAUAUGUAAUGGUGUUGGCGUUGCAUUGCUUUGCAUUGGGUAGCGGGCGUUUUUUGAAAUCUGGAUGAGGCUUCUUCAGCCGAGGAUGUGAAAGGAAAAUGCAUGUGUGUG